AAUAAAGAAAAGAAAAGAAAAAAGAGAUAUUGAGUUGACAGAAACAGCUUUAUCUCUUUUAACCCUUUUCCUGACCUCUCUCUCGCUUCCAUCUCCUUUAAUAAAAUGCAAGAACCAAGCUUAGGGAUGAUGCAGGGUAGUGGUGGUGGUUACGGCGGAGAUGGUGGCGGUGAGAACAGACAACUGAAGGCGGAGAUAGCAACACAUCCUUUGUAUGAACAGCUUCUGUCUGCACAUGUAGCAUGUCUUCGAGUUGCUACUCCUAUAGAUCAGUUACCAUUGAUUGAUGCUCAGUUAUCUCAAUCUCAUCAUCUUCUACGAUCUUAUAUCUCUCAACAAACUCAUUCUCUUUCGCCUCAUGAUCGUCAACAACUCGACAACUUCCUCGCACAAUAUUUGAUAGUUUUGUGUACAUUCAAAGAACAACUUCAGCAACAUGUCAGAGUUCAUGCUGUUGAAGCUGUUAUGGCUUGCCGUGAUAUUGAAAAUACCUUACAAGCCCUCACAGGAGUGAGUUUGGGAGAAGGAAGUGGUGCGACAAUGUCGGAUGAUGAAGAUGAACAAUUGCAGAUGGAUUAUGGUUUAGAUAAUCAGUCAAGUGGUGGUGGUGGUGAUCAUGACAUGAUGGGACUUGGUCCAUUACUUCCUACUGAAUCUGAAAGGUCACUCAUGGAACGAGUUCGUCAAGAACUCAAAAUUGAGCUCAAACAGGGUUUUAAGUCGAGAAUUGAAGAUGUAAGGGAGGAAAUAUUAAGGAAAAGAAGAGCUGGGAAAUUACCAGGUGACACAACUUCAGUCUUAAAGAACUGGUGGCAGCAACAUGCAAAGUGGCCUUACCCAACUGAAGAUGACAAAGCAAAACUUGUGGAGGAGACAGGACUGCAGCUGAAGCAAAUCAAUAAUUGGUUCAUUAACCAAAGGAAAAGAAACUGGCACAGUAAUUCUCAAUCUGUCACCUCUUUGAAGUCGAAACGCAAGAGAGUGUACUGUAGACCCUCCAAUGAGAUGCACCAAGAGAUAUAAUAGUAGAUAUUAUUAUGGUUAAUUGGUUUUUACUGAAAUGUAACAUAGUUUUAUUUCAAAAAAGAGCUGGUUGCUGUAAAUUUCUGGAAUUUCAUGUAUGCACACUAUUUUUUUUGUUCUCUGUUGUUAUUAUUAGGUGUGGUAAGGUUGUGUCUCUUUCUUUUAACUGUCCGUGUAAAGUGUUUGUUACGUUUUCUGACCCGGUGAAGGAAUAUUACUAUGUCUAUUAUUAUUAUGAUACAGAAAAA